UUCAUUUGAAUGCCUUUGUUUGUAUUACAUGGACAGAUCGCUGUUUGUUCCCGCAAAAAAUAACAAUCUUGCUUGGUACUCUUCCCCUGAGAAAUUGAAAAUAGAAUGAGUUUCGAUUCCACUCGCUCUGCAAAUUCAAAGCGAAGUUUCAGUAAUUCAGCGUCUUCUAAUCGUUCUAAUGAUAGCACCAAGACGAAGAAGAAGAAGAAUACUAACCAGGAAACCCUAGGCGUAGCUUGGGGCUCAAAUUCUCGCUCUUCCUCUCGUUCUUCCUUUCGAAAAUCCCCCUUCUCCGAUUUCGGCAGUUAUAUGGCAGAGAAGAAUCGGAAACUACAUAACCAGUUUGAUAAUGAAGCUUCGAAUUCUUCUUUUGGUGGCUCUAGUUCUGCAAAGCCUAUAUUUAUUGGAGUGUCGAUCUUUGUGGAUGGUUUCACGAUUCCUUCAAGCCAGGAAUUGCGAAGCUACAUGCUAACAUAUGGUGGAAGAUUUGAAAAUUAUUUCUCAAGGCAUAAUGUGACACAUAUUGUAUGCAGCAAUCUUUCCUACAGCAAAGUUAAGAACUUGAGAGCCUUCAGUGCAGGGCUGCCUGUUGUGAAACCCUCUUGGAUAUUAGAUUCAGUAGCUGCUGGCAGACUCCUGAGCUGGGUGCCUUACCUACUUGAUCAGCUUGCUAGUAAUCAACCAAAACUUUCAGCCUUCUUCACACCCAAAAGUAGCAAAAGGUCGGAAGAUGCUUUUACUAGCCCAGUGGAAGGUGAUAUUGAAGAUUCAUCAGUGGGAGUUAGCCAAUCAGAGGAGACAUAUUCAACCAAAGUUGAUAACAUGGUUGGAUUUGGAAAGCAAACAAGUAUUGAAUCUGAUGAUAUUCUCCCUGAGGACAUCAAUGCAACUACUUGUGAAGAGCCAAGCAGUGCAGAUAAUUAUUGUGAAGUGCAACUUGACCCCGUUAUUAAAGAUGAGAGAGAUGUGCAAAGUGAACUUGAACCUAGUCAUCAAGGACCUGCUGCAUCAGCUAGUAGCUAUUGCUUAGAUGACCAGAAUUCAAAAGGAUGUCCAAGUUCUACGGCCACCGGGCCUUCUAAACAGUGCCACUCAACUCUUGUAGACCCAAAAUUUGUGGAAAAUUAUUUCAAGAGCUCGCGGUUGCACUUUAUAGGAACUUGGAGAAAUCGAUAUCGAAAAUGUUUUCCCGUCUUGUCUACUGAGUUUAAUCCGGAAAGUUCUGAUGUUAAUGCACCUGUUAUUUCUGGGAAGAAAGUCAUCAUCCAUGUUGACAUGGACUGUUUUUUUGUCUCAGUAGUUAUUAAGGACCAUCCUGAACUUCUGGACAAGCCUGUAGCUGUAUGUCACUCAAAUAAUUCAAGAGGAACGGCUGAGAUUUCAUCUGCAAACUACCCUGCUCGCAGUUAUGGUGUUAGGGCUGGUAUGUUUGUUCGAGAUGCAAAGGCACUUUGUCCUGAUCUUGUAAUUUUUCCGUACAACUUUGAAGCUUAUGAGGAGGUGGCUGAUCAAUUUUAUAGCAUAUUGCACCGGCGUUGCCACAAAGUUCAGGCUGUAAGCUGUGAUGAAGCAUUCUUGGAGGUCACAGUUGCGGAGGGCGAAGAUCCUGAACUUUUAGCUUCAUCAAUCAGAGAAGAGAUUUUUGAGACCACUAGAUGUACUGCAAGUGCUGGGAUAGCUGGAAACAUGCUUAUGGCUCGAAUUGCUACUAAAAGUGCAAAACCAAAUGGUCAAUAUUACAUAAGUCCUGAGAUGGCUGAUGAUCAUCUGUGUCAACUUCCAAUCAGUGAACUUCCUGGGAUAGGGCAUGUUUUACAGGAGAAGUUGAAGAAGCAUAAUGUUCACACCUGUGGAGAAUUGCGUAUUAUUUCCAAGGACUCCCUGCAGAAGGACUUUGGAAUGAAAACUGGGGAAAUGCUAUGGAAUUAUAGCAGAGGAAUUGAUAAUAGACUGGUCGGGGUCAUUCAGGAAAGUAAGUCUAUUGGCGCUGAAGUAAAUUGGGGUGUGAGAUUCAAUGACAUGAAGGAGUGCGAAAGCUUCCUCAUAAACCUUUGCAAGGAAGUGGCAUUGCGAUUGCACGGUUGUGGAGUGCAAGGGCGAACUUUCACCCUCAAGAUCAAAAAGAGAAAAAAAGAUGCUGAAGAACCUGCAAAGUAUAUGGGCUGUGGAGAUUGUGAAAAUAUGAGUCACUCUGUGAAGAUUCCGCUUGCUACUGAUUGUGUGGAUGAAAUCCAAAGCAUAGCAAAAAGGCUUUUUGGACUUUUCCACAUGGAUGUCAAGGACAUUCGAGGUGUUGGUUUGCAAGUUUCCAGACUUGAAGCUGCGGAUGCUUCUAAAAAAGGUACAGAAAAGAACUUUCUAAGAUCCUGGCUGGCUUCAGGCUCUACAAGUAUGAGACAAAAGAGUUCUCCUUUAGUUCAUGACAAUAGGAAUUUGGGUGAGACUUCAGGUCAAGCGUCUAGAGAUUCAGACGGGCUUUCAGUUCAAAUGGAUAGAAAUUUGAUGAGUGAUCAAGUUAGCUCUGGUCAAAUUUCAACUCCACCUCCUCUAUGUCACCUGGAUGCGGAAGUUGUAAAGAGUCUUCCACCAGAAGUCUUCUCAGAAUUAAAUGAAAUUUAUGGAGGAAAACUAGUUGAUUUUCUUGUAAAAGGGAAAGGGAAAACUGAAAGCACUAGUGCCUUGGGAAACUUGUUUGUGGAGCAACGAGAAGCAGCUAUGAACAAGGAACAAGAGCUUCCCUUUUCGGAGUCAAAUCCUGAAAGCAAGAUACCAACAGAAAAUAAGGCAAGGCAGCAUAAACCCAAGGCAAUUGCAGCUUCAGGUUCAGGAGCUGGAGCCCCUGGCAAAGUUCCUAACAAUUCAACUUUUGGUCAAGAUGAUCUAAUGCCUUCUUCAUUGAGUCAAGUGGAUGCUUCAGUGUUGAAACAACUGCCUGAGGAUUUGAAAACUGACAUCCUUGGGCAGCUUCCUGAGCAUAGGAGUCAAGCGUUUUGUUCUAAUUCUGUUUUGACUCCUCUUAAAGAAAACCAUCUGGAGUCAUCAGUCAAUACUUCUGAACAUCAUCCAAGAUCAAGUGAUCCUGUUUCAAAUGGGAAUGAGAGUCUUUGGGUUGGGAAUCCUCCUCAUUGGGUUCAUAAGUUUAAAGUCAGCGAUUACUUAGUAUUGAAGAAACUUGCAGAAGUAUAUGAAAAAUCAGGGGCCUAUAACUCUUUCUCUUUUGUUUUGCACCAAAGUAUGUCCGAAUUUAGACGGCUAGAUCCUGCUUCUGAGAGUUCUGAUGAAACCAUCAACUUCAUGUUUGAGCUCCUGAAGCAGUAUAUCGAAUCAAAGAUAGAGAAGGAUAUUGAAGAGAUUUAUAUUUGUAUCCGGCUUCUCAGAAGGUUUGCAGCAAAGUCACAAUUUUUCCUACACGUGUAUGAUAUGGUUUUACCUUAUCUCCAGGAAAUGCCGAAAUAGUGAUGUACACAGAUUUUAAGUACAUUUAUUGGGUUAGCAGUCUUUCUUGAUGUAAGCAGCUGUUGAUGAUUACUAUGGAGGGAGCUUGCUUAUACCAUCAUAGUAAUACCGGAAUAUCAUAGUGUGCGAAACUUCCUCCUCCUAUUAUCCAAUUGGAAUGUGUGAGGCCACAAAGCAAUCGUUGCCAUCAGCCAUCCUACAUUGACAUCCUGCAGAAUAUGCAUAGCUCUGCAACGCCUGCAGGAUAUGUUCUUAUUUUACCAGUUCAAGGUCUAUAUAGACAGGGAUGGUCACAGAUGGAAGAAUGAGUGGCAUUUC